GACCAAGCUCAAAUUGGCAGGCCCCAAGAUUUGGUCACAUGUCACUGGGCCGACGGGCGCUGCUAUUGCUACGUUGCUCGAGGCUGGUUGGGACCCCAAGGCGGCGGACUGCUGGCAACGAGUGCAUGAUGAAUACUUGGAGGAAUGGCGGCUCCCAGACGAUGGAGUUGAGCUAGUCGGCCUCGACGAUCUCGGCGACGACCUCCAGCAGCGGCGCUGGGCGACAGCGGCGGCGCACGAGCACGGCGCCUCUCUCGCCUCGGGAGCCAACCUGGUCAUGGGCAUGGUCGAGCAGCGCAG